UAAAUACCGUGGGACAGAGUUGCUGAGCACUGCCACGAGUGAAUUUGACAGAUUUCACUGAUUUAAACCUAAUUGUAGUCAUUUAAAAGCAGUUAUGGCUUCAGAGGAAGGAUUUAAGGUGAGUCCGAAUGAUUUGUGCAUGCUCAUGUUGGAUUAGCACAUUGUCAAACGAUGCCUAUUGCCUUAUCUGUCUGCUAAAAUAUGUUGUAAACUCUCGCAAGCAGCAGAUCCAGAUGGUAGCUUCACUGGACGUUAAUGUUUUUGUUUACAUUGAUUUUUGUCUCUUUAGGUAUCAUCUUUGAAAGGCAAAGUGACUCUGAUCACAGGUGCCAGCUCGGGCAUCGGGGCAGGGACAAGCAUCAUGUUCGCUAAACUUGGUGCCUUACUCGCAUUGAACGGGCGCGACGUGGAAAACCUCACCAACAUAGCCAAACAGUGCACGGACCUGGGUGCUGCCGAGGUACAGUCCAGUGUGCAAUUCAUGUCAUUGUCAUGUUGAUACAAUGUAACAGGUCGUUUACGCUGACAUGGUGUUGUGCUUGUUACAAAGUAGCUAGCUAUAACGUUCUACAUUCAGUCCUGCUGCAUAGGUGUGUGGGUUGUCAGUAUAAUGGAAUGGAUUAAAUGAAAAUGUGCAAAAUCCGCCCACUAGUGCCCGUGGCGUGCUAUAUCGAACGCUCCUAAUUGCAAUAGCUGUAUUAUGACAACACCACUGUAACAAAAGUGAUGAAUGAGUAACAUGCUCUGUCCAUUGCUGCCCACCAGCCCUUGCUUGUACCAGGGGACCUGACUAACGAGGACACUGUAAAGAAGACCGUGGAACUGACCAUUGCCCACUUUGGCCGGCUGGAUGUGCUGAUCAACAGCGCUGGCAUCCUGGCCAUGGGCAGCAUUGAGACAGGUGACCUGGCUCAGUAUGACAAGGUCAUGAACGUCAACGUCAGGUAGGAUUAGCAGACCUGUAAUACCCUGAGGAAUAGACUUCAUGAUAGACUGAAGAUGAUAUGUAAUGUAGGGCCUUGAAUGACAUAUCUAGGGCACCAACAAACUAUCCAUGUUCUGUAUUUAUUCAUUGCAGCGCAUUGUUAUGCAAAAUCAUGUACUAGAAGAUCAUGUCGGUAUGUUUCAGACACUAACAUCUCUACUUGGACUGUUCCCCCCCCCCCCCCCCUUUUCUUUCUGAACCUUUGUUUUGUUAUUCCACAGAUCAGUGUACCAUCUGACUCAGCUGUGUGUGCCCCACCUCAUCAAGACUAAGGGUUCUAUCGUCAAUGUGUCCAGCGUCAACGGGCAACGAUCAGUAAGUAUUACCAGACCAUCGUCUGUGUGUUGCUUUAUCAUUCUGUUGUAGCGGAGGUGAGUCGGACUCAUUCUCUUGAUGAGGUAGCCCUGCCUUUGACAAAAAAUAAAUAAUUAGUGUCACCUUCUACCCAAGAUGGAAAUGUACUCUUAGCCUAAUGGUUAAGACGUUGGAGACUGAGCUUCAGAUCCCACCUGUGACACUCUAUUCCAGUAUGAUUUCUGAUGCACACAACAUUUUUUUCUAGUUCCCAGGUGUCCUUGCCUAUUGUAUGUCCAAGUCCGCUAUUGACCAAUUCACACGAUGCAUAGCACUUGGUAAGAACAAUUUGUUUUUCACUUUUCAUUCUACUUUCUGUAAUAUGUAUUAUUAUGCCGGGUGAAAAUACAGGAGGUACUCAUACGACUCAUAUUUCUUCCAGAGCUAGCGUCGAAGCAAGUGCGAGUGAACUCUGUCUGGUAUGUGAAGUCUAUGUUUUGCUACCUAAUUAUUACGUAUUAUGUAGUUAUUACAACAUAUUGAUCUCCCUCUCUGUUGUCUUUCCCCCUCCAGUCCUGGUGUGAUCAUAACAGAUGUCCACAGGAGAGCAGGGCUGGAUGAGGAACAGUAUGCUCAGGUAACCUACUAUGUUAUACAGAGGGACCUCACACAUCAUGUUUUACAAGGUUGUGUUCACUGGUUGGGGUUCCAAAGUGUAUGUAUACUGUAGAAUUUCAAUGUUUAGAGAGCACAUGGCUUACUAUAUGACAGAAUUUUGUCAGUCACCUAGCUAUAAUGCAAUUGUUUUCUAUUUCUCUGUCUCACUCAACUCAAUCACUCACUCACUUACUGUCUCCUUCUACCCCAUCUCUCUUUCUCUUAAUUUUCCUCUCUCCUCCCCUCUUCAGUUCCUUGAGAAGUGUAAGCAGACCCAUGCCCUGGGGAGACCAGGUGAGGUGGAGGAGGUGGCCCAUGCCAUAGCCUUCCUUGCGUCAGACGCUGCCACUUUCAUUACCGGGGUCAACCUACCCGUGGACGGUGGCCGCCACGCCAUGUGUCCAAGAUAAUAUCCUGUGACAUCAUCAGUGACUGGCAGCCAAUACAAACCUGAACUGUCUCACUUGGUUUGUGUCAUUUUUUAUUUUUCUUUAUUUUUAUCUAUCAAGUCUAGACAGACAGAAUAUAAUGAACUGUAGAGUAUGGCCUAGUCUAGGGCUAUAAAAGAUAAAUAAUGUCAAGAUCCUUUAGUUCUUCUGCGUUCAUCUAGAUGACUGUACGCUUAGAUGGGAGAUUGGGUUUCAAAAUGGGACAUGAGUGCCCUCAUGUGGUAAAUAUGUGAAGUGUAAGACUUGACACUUCAAAAGGAAAAACCUUUAAUAUUUCAGUUGCAAUAAUACAUUAGCUAUACAAAAAUGUAAAGCCUCAGAGUAUGCACUAUGAUAAUAAUGAAUUCAAUAUUUUAUUGAAAACUAACUCCGCUAAAGGUGUCUUUGUAGCUGACAAUUUAAGUUGAUUGAUGAUUACCUUAUAUGAGAGAAUGACUCGAUUGAAACACAUUGAUCUUCUUGGGUUUCAAAUAUUUAUUGAACACCUGAAUGUUGAAGAAAAUGAAAGUGUUGAAAACUAGAAGCUGCAAUAUUAUGAAGCUGACAGACAGAGGACCUGCAAAGAUGAAUGAAUGAACAUUAUAACCACUAAUAACAUCUAUCCCUUCCCCUAAACAUAAAUCUGCUGUUUCACUCAGUAGAUGUGUUAUGCUUAUAGUAAUGAAAGAAAUGCAAAUGUAGGGCUCUUUUGAGUUGUGUGAUAUGAGAGGUAUUCUGA